GGGCAAGCCGGGCGAAAGAGAAGGUGUGUGCCUGCCUAGCUGGCUGGCUGGGGCUCUGCGGCCCCGUGAUUGCUGCUGCCCGCGAGAGGGAUGUGCCUUUAAAGCCCCGCAGCCGGCGCCGACGAGGAUGGCCGCUUCUCUGCCCGGUUUGGAGAGCCAGGCGGGCGGGGUGGCAGCCGAGCGUCGAAGACUCUGCCCAGCGAGGAGCGAGGGAGGGAGCAGCGUGGGAGAAAUCGCCUGGGUGACUCCGCCGGCUCCGGGGAUCUCGGCCCAGCUCGCCCGAGAGGACAGGACAAAAAAGGCAGAGUUUAAUAUGCCAGAAAUCCCAUCCAUACCAAAUCCUUUUCCUGAACUUUGUAUCUCUCCAUUUACAUCAGUUUUGUCAGCCAGCCUGUUGCCUAAGGCAAAUCCCAGGAUAAAACAGGUAAUUAAAGUAUAUAGUGAGGAUGAAACCAGCAGAGCUUUUGAAAUACCAAGUGAUAUAACAGCCCGAGAUUUGUGCCAGUUGCUAAUACUAAAGAAUCAUUAUGUUGAUGAUCAUAGCUGGACCCUCUUUGAACGUCUCACUUAUUUAGGUCUUGAAAGAAUAGUCGAAGACCAUGAAAUGAUUGUUGAAGUCCAUUCAAAGUGGGGAAUUGAAGAAGGCAAUAAAUUUUAUUUUCGGAAAAAUUACGCCAAAUACGAGUUCUUUAAAACCCCUGAGAUUUUUUUCCCAGAUCAUCUGGUAUCCCUCUCAAAUGAGAGCAAUGGCACAAUGAAUCACGCACAGAUACUGCAGAUGUUUUUAAGUUCCACUGCAUAUCCUGAAAUUCAUGGUUAUUUGCAUUUUAAAGAGCAAGGGAAGAAAACCUGGAAAAAAAUGUAUUUUUUGUUGCGAAGAUCUGGUCUGUAUUUUUCCACUAAGGGAACAUCAAAGGAACCACGACACCUCCAGCUUUUCAGUGAAUUCAGCAGUAGCGACAUAUAUAUGUCUCUGAGAGGCAAAAAGAUAUCUGGAGUGCCAGUCAGUUUUGGGUUCUGCUUCAAGCCUUAUAAAGCAGGAGGAACCAGAGACCUGAAAUGCCUUUAUGCAGACAGUGAGCAAAGUAGGACCUGUUGGAUGACAGCAAUUCGGUUGCUGAAGUAUGGAAUGCAGUUGUACAAGAAUUACACACAGCCCUAUCAAGGUAGAAGUGGGGGCAGUUUUCUUAGCACACCCAUGAGAAGUGUUUCAGAGAAUUCUCUUGUGGCUAUGGACUUCACAGGGAAUAAAUCCAGAAUUAUUGAAAACCCCACAGAAGCCUUAUCGGUUGCAGUCGAAGAAGGUCUAGCAUGGCGGAAAAAAGGGAGCUUACGUCUUGGUAUACAUAGCAGCCCCAGCACUUUGCAAAGUGCCCCCUCCACUACAGCUAUACACAGUUCCCAGCCGUGGUUUCAUCAUAAGAUUUCUAGAGAAGAGGCACACCAACUGAUUCUGAGGCAAGGACUGGUGGAUGGAGUUUUCUUGGUAAGGGAUAGUCAAAGCAACCCCAAAACGUUUGUGUUGUCAUUAAGCCAUGGAUUAAAAAUAAAGCACUUCCAAAUUGUGCCGUUAGAAGAGGAAGGCAAACUCUUUUAUACACUGGAUGAUGGUCACACUAGAUUCUCUGAUCUUAUUCAACUCGUGGAGUUCUACCAACUCAAUAAAGGCAUCCUUCCUUGCAAGUUAAAACAUUAUUGUGCCCGAAUCGCACUUUAGCUAAAAUAUCAACAUCUCACCCCAAGCUCACUUAGAAUAACAAAUCAAGACAGAACAUUACUUUUGAAAAAGCACUUUGUUAUGAGAAUGAAGUUGAAAAAGAAGCAAUUGAAUGUAAAUUUCAGCUUACAAAGAAGAGCUUCUAUUUCUACAGAAAAAUCAAAACACAGUACUUCCGUGUUAAGAGUUGAUUAAUCAAUGGUUAAUCUUCCAAAUAUGAACUUCGGACUGAAAUGGUGUAACUGUGCAGUGCUGGAAUCCUAGGGAGUAUUUUUCAAAAUCUCAAUAAACGUGUUUUUCACUA